GACAGCCUUGUCCCUCAAGAGCAAAGGCCGCCUCUUUGAUUGGUGGCUUGUGACCAGGGAGUGGACCCUCGGAGGUCUUGAGCUAUCAGGGGACCUCCAGAAAGCCAUGCCGAGUCUUAAACCAUGAAGGACUAUGACGACGUCAUCCUCCGUCCAGAGGCGAGUGAGUUGAGCAAGACAGAGUUCUGUAAUCCUGCUUUCGACCCGGAAGCAGGGCCAUCCUGCCCUCCACCAGCGUUACAGAGGGAUGUCGGCAGCCGGCUCCAAGCCCCCUGGCAUGCCCAGCGUCUCCGGGGGCUACAGCCCGACUGCCACUUCUCCUGGUUCUGUAUUCUGCUUCUCAGUGGCCUGCUGCUCCUGCUGCUGGGGCUACUGGUGGCUGUCAUCCUGGCUCAGUUGCAGGCUACAUCCCUCCCCAGGACUACCAAGAACCCACUGCUCACCCGAGGCCUCACCCCCAUGGGUGUCAUUCCCAGCACCACCCCUAACACCACCACCACCACCACCACUACCACCCCAGCAAGGACAGGGCAGCAGGAGGCAGCCAUGAGCCCUACACACCAGACCACCUGUGGAGGCCUCCUUCCUGGUCCCAGUGGUUUCUUCAGCAGCCCUAACUACCCAGACCUCUACCCACCCCUCAGCCACUGUGUCUGGCAUAUCCAGGUAGCCGCGGGCCAGACAAUACAGCUCAAGAUUCAAGCCCUCAGCAUAGAGAGUAUGCUCACCUGUCUUUUUGAUCGCUUGGAAAUUAUCUCAGAGCCUACAGGCCCUCUCCUCAGGGUGUGUGGUAAAACACCUCCUGCCACAUUAAACACCAAUACCAGCCACCUCCGUGUGUCCUUCGUCUCUGAUAACGAUGUGGAAGGGUCUGGUUUCCAGGCCUGGUACCAAGCAGUGGCCCCUGGACAUUGGAGCUGUGCCCAUAAUGAGUUCCACUGUGACCUUCUCCUCUGCCUGAAGCGUGACUCUGUAUGUGACGGUAUUACCGAGUGUGCCGAUGGCAGUGACGAGGCCAACUGCAGUGCCAAGACGUUGGGGUGUGGAGGGAACCUGACUGGGCUCUAUGGCGUAUUCUCUACCCCAAACUAUCCACAGCACUACCCUCACCAACAGCUUUGCACCUGGUACAUCGAAGUGCCUGUGGGAUACGGGAUAAGACUGGAGUUCCACAACUUCAGUCUGGAAGCACAGGCUGAGUGCAAGUUUGACUACGUGGAAGUGUACGAGGCCAGCAACCUGGGAACCUUCAGCUUCCUGGGCAGGUUCUGUGGAGCAGAGCCACCACUCAACGUUGUCUCCUCGAUGCACCAGCUGGCUGUAAUCUUCAAGACGGAUCUUGGUAUCAGCAGCGGGGGCUUUCUAGCCACCUACCAGGCCAUCAAUACUACAGAGAGUGGGUGUCCCUGGGCAGAGUUCUGCCAGAGCGGAGGAUAUAGGGAUCUGCAAUGGAUGUGUGACUUAUGGAAAGACUGUGCAAAUGACAGCAACGACAACUGCAGCAGCCACUUGUCCCCACAACCAGACCUGACCUGUGAACCUGUCCAGGUGGAGAUGUGCCUUGGACUAAGCUACAAUACCACGGCCUUUCCUAACAUCUGGGUGGGCCUGGCCACGCAGACAGAGGUGACAGACAUCCUCCGAGGCUACAAGAGUCUGACAAGUCUACCCUGCUACCAGACUUUCCAGAGGUUCCUCUGUGGACUGCUUGUGCCUCGAUGCACCUCACUGGGCACUAUCCUACCCCCUUGUCGUUCCGUCUGCCAGGCGGCGGAGCAGCAGUGCCAGUCUAGCCUGGCAUUAUUGGGCACCCCCUGGCCUUUCAACUGCAACAGGCUGCCCGUGGCAGCUAGCCUGGAAGCUUGCUCCCAGCCCUGACCUGAAGCCAGCCCCCACCCUCUGUCUGCCCAUCCUCCUCUACCUAUGUGGGUGGGUGGGUGGGUGGGUGGGUGGGCAGGGCAGGCAGUGCUGUGGAGCCGGGGCAAGGAGCAACCAGAAGCUAGGAGUCAGGGCAGAAAACAAGGGCAAGGGUGGCCUGGAUAAGGGAUUCUGCGCAUCCUCCCUGGUGCUUCUCAGAAAGGAAAAGGACCAGAGUUCCAAUUCUGAUCCUGCCCAGGACAACCAGGACCAUCUUUCCUCCACCUUCCCUGAGCUCUUAUUUACCAAGACAGCCCUAGACAGUGGCCAGGCCCCACGCUGUGCCAUUGGACAGCCUAGCAGACUUCCUAUCCAAGUCUCUGACCCUGAUUCCGUGUCUCGGUCUUCUGCCUUCUCCCUUUCCAUUUAAGUUCACUGUCAUCUGACCUUCAAUCUUUUUCAUUUAAUCAACAAAACUGUUUUGAGUGACAAUCUAAGCCUGGAGGUCCAACUGGCUCUCUGUUUCUGAAAUUCUUCACCCUGGGCCCCCUACUAAUCCAGUUCUCCACCCCUGCCCCACCCCCACCACGGGUUUUGAUCUUGGACUCCAUCAUUAUCCCAUUCCUUCCUCCCUCCCUCCCUCCAGCUCCUGGGAACUGGAGUCCCAAGUGUCUGCCUCACAGUUCGGCCUCUUGGUGAUGCAGGCUCUACUCUCUCCUCCUCCUCCUUUCUCCACACCCCCUACAUCCCCACAAUUUUGGCCGGCCGCCGGGCGACACCACGAGUUAUUUCCCUGCUAUUUCCCAGCCCUGGAGUUCUUGGCCUCUGAACAACUGGUUUCCUCUAGGAGUCUGGGAGGAGCGCUGUGAAGCCAGCAAGGAGCAACCAGAAGCUAGGAGUCAGUCAGCAAGGACAGGGGCUGCCUGGUAGGGGUAGGAGUGGGAGCAGGGCCAGCAGGAAGGUCUGAGGAAGCCAUUCAAAGCUUGCAGCUGGGAGUGCUGGGGAGCCGGGAGGGGUGAGUUUGGCAGAGGAGGAGGGUAAGUGGGGGAGGGGACUGUGGGAAAGCCUGGGCGCCAGCUAGGGGGAUGGAGAAGGGCUUGUCUCUCCUUUCCUUGUUCCCAGUUCUUGGUUUGGGGCACCCCAUCACACAGUGCUCAACCCCAAAGGCAUGUUUGUAGGGCGGGGACCUACUGGGUUCCACCUGGGUGGGGCGCGAGGUUGGUCCUAAGAUUCUGGGUUCCAACUCUGGUCCUGCCCAGCCUACAGACUACAAGAGAGGUUCCUGGAGUCUGAGCCUCCGGGGUCACCACCAUGAGGCCACUUCUUGCCCUUCUGCUUCUGGGUCUGGUGUCAGGCUCUCCUCCUCUGGACGACAACAAGAUCCCCAGCCUGUGUCCCGGGCAGCCCGGCCUUCCAGGCACACCAGGUCACCAUGGCAGCCAAGGCCUGCCUGGCCGUGACGGCCGUGAUGGCCGCGACGGUGCACCCGGAGCUCCGGGAGAGAAAGGCGAGGGCGGGAGACCGGGACUACCUGGCCCACGUGGGGAGCCCGGGCCGCGUGGAGAGGCAGGGCCCAUGGGGGCUAUCGGGCCUGCGGGGGAGUGCUCGGUACCCCCACGAUCAGCCUUCAGUGCCAAGCGAUCCGAGAGCCGGGUACCUCCGCCAGCCGACACACCCCUACCUUUCGACCGUGUGCUGCUAAAUGAGCAGGGCCAUUACGACCCCACUACUGGCAAGUUCACCUGCCAAGUGCCUGGCGUCUACUACUUUGCUGUGCACGCCACUGUCUACCGGGCCAGCUUGCAGUUUGAUCUUGUCAAAAACGGGCAGUCCAUCGCCUCUUUCUUCCAGUAUUUUGGGGGGUGGCCCAAGCCAGCCUCGCUCUCAGGGGGUGCGAUGGUAAGGCUAGAACCUGAGGACCAGGUGUGGGUGCAGGUGGGCGUGGGUGAUUACAUUGGCAUCUAUGCCAGCAUCAAGACAGACAGUACCUUCUCUGGAUUUCUCGUCUAUUCUGACUGGCACAGCUCCCCAGUCUUCGCUUAAAACACAGUGAACCCGGAGCUGGCACUUGCUCCUCAGUGGAGGGUGUGACACUAACCCGCGCAGCGCAUACCAGGAGGGCUGGCCCCCUGGAAUAUUGUGAAUGACUUAGGAAGAGAGGGAGCCACUUCCAGUCCCACUGCUGGCAAUGAAUGGAGACAGGCUGUCUGAGGUCAAGACAGCGUGGAGCAGUGGCUGGGUUUCUGCCCAGGACUUUAGAAUGCAGUAGGCUGGCAGCUGUGGGUCCUGGCCCAGGACUCCAAGGUGGGAUGCUCCAUUCCUAGUCCUGUGUCCCCUCUAGGUCCCUGACUCCAUCUCUGCUGCUCCCAGGGCAGGCCUUUUUCUCAGAGGUCACUUAAUAAACCUAAAAUCCUCCCA